CAGGCGGGGAGGGUCGCCGCGGCGCUCGGGGUGGACCUGCCAGGUGAGGCGCGGUCACCCCGGCCUCUCACUUCCGCCCAGGUGAGCCAGGGCCGCGCCGGGCCCGCCGGGGCUCCCAGCCGCGCCGCCGCGGGACCAGGUUUCUUUAAAAGCGACUAAAGAGAGCAAGUCAGAAUGCCCGAGAAUCCCGCCACAGAUAAACUGCAGGUCCUGCAAGUCCUCGACCGCCUGAGACUGAAACUGCAGGAGAAGGGUGACACGUCGCAGCAGGAGAAGCUGUCUCUGUUCUACGAGACGCUCAAGAGUCCUCUCUUCAACCAGAUCCUCACCCUCCAGCAGUCCAUCAAGCAGCUGAAGGGGCAACUCAGCCAUUUACCCUCAGAUUGCUCGGCCAACUUUGAUUUUUCAAGGAAAGGUCUGUUAGUGUUCACGGACAGUGCCAUUACUAAUGGGAGUGCCCACAGGCCCGCUGCAUCUGGGCUAUUUCCUUGGACCCCCAAGUCAGGAAAUGAAGACUUUACCGCAAUCAUUCAACAGAUGGCUCAGGGCCGGCAAAUUGAGUACAUAGACAUCGAACGGCCUCCCACCGGCGGCCUGGGCUUCAGCGUGGUGGCCCUGCGGAGUCAGAGUCUGGGAGAGGCCAACAUCUUCGUGAAGGAGGUGCAGCCCGGGAGCAUUGUGGCCAGGGAUCAAAGGUUAAAGGAAAAUGACCAGAUCCUGGCUAUUAAUCACACGCCCCUGGAUCAGCACGUUUCCCAUCAGCAGGCGAUUGCGUUGCUGCAACAAACCACUGGGUCUUUGCGCCUCGUUGUAGCCCGAGAAGGCGCUCACGUGACGACAGCUUCCACCACCCCUGACGUGCGUCUGCCUGAAACGGUUCACUGGGGCCAUAUUGAAGAUGUUGAGCUUGUUAAUGACGGCUCCGGAUUAGGUUUUGGAAUAGUUGGGGGGAAGUCAACUGGUGUGGUUGUGAGGACGAUCGUGCCUGGAGGACUAGCAGACCGAGAUGGCCGGCUCCAGACAGGAGACCACAUCUUGAAGAUCGGUUCCACAAAUGUGCAGGGAAUGACCAGUGAGCAAGUCGCCCAAGUGCUGAGGAACUGUGGGAAUUCAGUCAGGAUGCUCGUGGCCAGAAACCCCAUGGGUGAAAUUUCUGUAACUCCUCCGACCCCAACAUCCUUUCCUGUUGCUCAGCAGAAUGCAGCCCACAGAAGCUCUAGUUUCGAUGAUUUUACUCUUUCUGAAACUUAUGAUGUUGAACUCAUUAAAAAGGAUGGACAAAGUCUUGGAAUUAGAAUUGUAGGCUAUAUUGGAAACUCUCAUACAGGGGAAGCUUCAGGGAUUUAUGUGAAAAGUAUAAUACCUGGCAGUGCUGCAUAUUACAAUGGCCAAAUUCAAACAAAUGACAAGAUAAUUGCUGUUGAUGGUGUGAAUAUUCAGGGCUUCUCCAACCAGGAUGUUGUCGAAGUUUUACGCAACGCAGGGCAAGUGGUCCACCUCACGCUGGUCCGAAGGAAGGCUCCAUCUUCUGCUCCUCCUCCUGAACAGUCCGAGAAGAGAGGAAUUGCUGCAGAACCUCCGAAAACACCUACCCUCUUUCUAACUGGAGCAGUGGAGACAGAAACUACUCUGGACGGGGAGGAGGAAGAAGAAAUGGAAGAGAAGAUGGAUAAUCAGAACGUGGACAGUGCACCUGUAGUAGAGAAACCAGAAAGAGUCCCAGACACUCCAGAAAAUGAGCUGAAAUCCAGAUGGGAAAACAUAUUGGGCCAUGAUUAUGAAGUAAUGGUUGCAACAUUGGACACACAAGUUGCUGAUGAUGCUGAAUUACAAAGAUAUUCCAAGCUGCUGCCCAUUCACACGCUGAGGCUUGGCAUGGAAGUGGAUUCCUUUAACGGGCACCAUUACAUUUCCUCGAUUGUCCCAGGCGGUCCUCUGGAUAUGCUGGGCCUCCUCCAGCCAGAAGAUGAGCUCCUUGAGGUCAACGGCGUCCAGCUAUAUGGGAAGUCGCGCCGGGAGGCCGUCUCAUUCCUGAAGGCAGUGCCGCCGCCCUUCACCUUGGUUUGCUGUCGGCGGUUAUUUGAUGACGACGAGGUCUCCGUUGAUGAACCCAGGAGCCCUGGUACCUCUGCAGCUGAGAUGGAGGCUGACCACAACGUAGAUGUCAAUCAUGAAGAUGAGGAUGAUGAUGGGGAGUUAGCGCUCUGGUCUCCUGAAGUCAAAAUUGUUAAACUGGUGAAAGACCAGAAAGGCCUGGGAUUCAGCAUUUUGGAUUACCAGGACCCCUUAGACCCUACAAAGUCAGUGAUCGUGAUCCGCUCCCUGGUGGCAGAUGGUGUUGCAGAAAGAAGUGGGGCACUGUUACCCGGGGACCGCCUGGUGUCAGUCAAUGACCACUAUUUGGACAACACCCCGCUCGCAGAAGCCGUGGAAGUGUUGAAGGCCGUGCCACUGGGCACCGUGCACCUUGGCAUCUGUAAACCUUUAGUGGAAGAUGAUAAAGAGGAAGAAUGUCAUUAUAUUCUACCUUCAAACAGUAAUGAAGACAAAACUGAAGUUUCGGGAACAACUCAGGACAUAAGUUCAUCUUUAAUACUUGAAGCACCCAAGGAAUUCAGAGAUGAGCCCUAUUUUAAAGAAGAGCUUGUGGACGAGCCCUAUCUCCGUUUGGGGAAAUCUUUCCAGUCUCGGCAACACGAGAUAGACCACAGCCCAGAGGCCUGGGAGAUGGAAGAAUUCUUGACUCCCCAACUGCAAGAACUGGGGGAAGAAAGGGAAAUGCUCGUCGAUGAAGAGUAUGAGCUCUAUCAGGAUUGUUUGCAGUCCAUGGAGAUGUACCCCUCGCCGCACAUUCCCGGGACAGCUCCUCUCCCCACCGGGAGGGAACCCCACUAUGGUACCCAGUGGGUGCAGGAAGGCGAACCCUCUGACCUGCAGGAAGCAAGAUCCUCGAUGAGUCUCUAUCCCCAGGAAGUGCGGCAGUACGGCUACAGCCCUGAGCACAUGAUGAAAGAAGAUUUUGGCAGCGAUGCCCUCCCCUCCAUGCCUUCCACGGAAGGAAACAAUCAACAAGGCAGAUUUGAUGACCUGGAAAAUCUUCAUUCAUUAACUGAAAGCAGCCUGGAUUUAGGCGUGGUGGUUUCGGAUGAUGGCCAAGAUCCCGGCUUGCUUGCUGACCUUCCUGCUGUGGCUCGAAGAAGGGAGGAAGAAGACCUGCCUUUAUACCAGCUCCCCAGAACACACGGCGUGCCCAAGGCCUCAGCAUACACAGGAAUGUUGAGUUCCAGAUAUGCCUCCGAUGCAUGUGAGUUACCCGAGAGAGAAGAAGGAGAAGGAGAGGAGACUCCAAACUUCAGCCACUGGGGUCCGCCAAGAAUUGUGGAGAUUUUUAGGGAGCCCGAUGUGUCUCUGGGGAUUAGUAUCGUUGGUGGACAAACCGUUAUAAAACGUCUGAAGAAUGGAGAAGAGCUGAAAGGAAUAUUCAUCAAACAAGUUUUAGAAGACAGUCCAGCAGGAAGAACAAAUGCUCUUAAAACUGGAGAUAAAAUACUUGAGGUGUCUGGAGUGGAUCUGCAGAAUGCGUCCCACACAGAGGCUGUGGAAGCCAUCAAGAACGCAGGGAACCCGGUGGUGUUCGUGGUUCAGAGCCUGUCACCCACACCGAGAAUCAUUCCGAAUGCGCAGAACAAGGCCAACAGAAUUACGAGUAAUCAGGACCAAGGCACCCAGCAGAAAAGAGAAAAGAGACGGGGAGCUGCACCACCGCCCAUGAAACUGCCGCCACCGUACAGAGCUCUGUCUGAUGACAGCGAGGACAAUGAGGAGGAAUAUGCAUUUACCAACAAAAAAAUCAGGCAGAGAUAUGCAGACCUGCCGGGAGAAUUGCACAUCAUUGAACUCGAAAAGGAUAAGAAUGGACUUGGGCUCAGUCUUGCUGGCAAUAAGGACAGGUCACGCAUGAGUAUCUUUGUGGUAGGAAUUAACCCGGAAGGACCCGCUGCCAUGGACGGACGGCUGAGGAUUGGAGAUGAACUGUUAGAGAUAAACAAUCAGAUCCUGUAUGGAAGAAGUCACCAAAAUGCAUCUGCCAUUAUCAAGACCGCCCCGCCAAAGGUCAAGCUGGUUUUUAUCAGAAAUGAAGAUGCCGUCAGUCAGAUGGCCGUCACUCCCUUUGUCUUGCCGGCAAGUUCGCCAUCUUCUCUAGAGGAUCAGAGCGGCCCCGACACGGCUGGCUGUGAGGACGACGGCAGCCUCGACGUGAGCAUUAAGCAACUGCCUGAAAGUGAGAGCUGCAGACAGGAGGACACGUCCCCGGUGACAGGACAAGGCAUGCUGGCCGAGCCACAGAGGGCACCAAAGUGCCCAGCAGACCAUACUCCAGGGACAGCCCGGUGCCUCGCUGCCUCCACCAGACUCUUCCAGCUGGGGCUGGGUUCCCUGGCUAACUACAGAUCCAGAAGGCAGGCUGUCAGCCAGAUGAAACAGCAGAAGUAUCCUGCGAAGGUCUCCUUCAGUGCGCAAGAGAUACCCUUAGCGCCGACUUCAUCCUUCCCAUCACCAGAUGCAGACCACCCCGGCUACGGUGGCUUCGAGGCUCCUCUGUCGGUGGACCCUGCCACGUGUCCCAUUGUCCCCGGCCAGGAAAUGAUUAUAGAAAUAUCCAAGGGACGGUCCGGGCUUGGCCUCAGCAUCGUGGGAGGAAAAGACACGCCCUUGGAUGCUAUAGUUAUACAUGAAGUCUACGAAGAAGGAGCAGCUGCCAGAGAUGGAAGACUUUGGGCUGGUGACCAGAUAUUAGAGGUGAACGGGACCGACCUGCGGAGUGCCAGCCACGAGGAGGCCAUCACCGCGCUGAGGCAGACCCCGCAGAAGGUGCGGCUGGUGGUGUACCGGGACGAGGCUCACUACAGGGACGAGGAGAACCUGGACGUCUUCCCCGUGGACCUGCACAAGAAGACGGGCCGCGGGCUGGGCCUGAGCAUCGUGGGGAAACGGAAUGGAAACGGGGUGUUCAUCUCCGACAUUGUGAAGGGCGGCGCCGCAGACCUGGAUGGAAGGCUGACCCAGGGCGACCAGAUCCUGUCUGUGAACGGGGAGGACAUGAGAAGCGCCUCCCAGGAGACCGUUGCCACAGUCCUCAAGUGUGCACAGGGGCUUGUGCAGCUAGAGAUCGGAAGACUCCGAGCUGGUUCCUGGACCUCCUCGAGAAAGACAUCACAGAUCAGUCAGGGGGCUAUGCACGGCGCACACGGCGGCUUUCCUCCCGCCAUCGCUCCCGUCCUCACCAGCCUGCAGAACCUGGUCGGCACCAAGAGAACCUCAGAUCCUGCCCCGCAAAACCCAGCCACUGAUACGGGACCAAGAACUGUUGAGAUCGUCAGGGAGCCCAACGAUGCCCUUGGAAUCAGUAUUGCUGGCGGCAAAGGAAGCCCCCUAGGAGAUAUUCCUAUAUUCAUCGCCAUGAUUCAGGCCAGCGGUGUGGCUGCUCGGACCCAGAAGCUGAAGGUUGGAGACCGGAUUGUCAGCAUUAACGGGCAACCUUUGGAUGGGUUGACGCAUACCGACGUGGUUAAUGUGCUGAAGAACGCAUACGGGCGCAUCAGCCUACAGGUCGUGGCAGAUACCAACAUUGGUGCCAUCGCCUCCCAGUUUGAGUCCAUGACGACGGGCCACGCCGGUUCCCCCACUGGAGACUACCACCCCGAAGACUCCGAAACAUCUGCACCUAAGAUUAUUACUUUGGAGAAAGGCUCUGAAGGACUGGGGUUCAGCAUUGUAGGGGGUUAUGGAAGCCCCCAUGGAGACCUGCCAAUUUAUGUCAAGACUAUAUUUGUAAAGGGAGCCGCCGCCGAUGACGGCCGCCUGAAGCGCGGGGACCAGAUCCUAGCUGUGAAUGGCGAGAGCCUGGACGGCGUCACCCACGAGCAAGCCGUGUCCAUCCUGAAGCGCCAGCGAGGGACCGUCUCCCUGACGGUGCUGCCCUGAGCCCCCGGGGACCCCCACCCCGAGCCACGCUGCUGUAGUUCCCCGGAGAACGAUGACGCGCCGUGCCAGGAUGCGGAGCAGCCUUGCCCGAAAGCCCCCUCCGACGUCAUCAGCCGCGUGGGGACCUCUGGCUGUCCCCCGGCCCCACCCUCCCCAGCUUCUCUCGCCGCUGGGCCAGGCCGGGGGAGAAGGGGUCUGGGCUGUUUUGCAUUUCGCGUCUGGCCUCUGGUUGGUUCCUCGGAGGGUCUCUGCUGAAACCGGAGCGCGCGCUCUUUCCCUUCGCGCAUCCUUCGCGCAUCCCUCGCGCAUCCUUCGCGCAUCCCUCCCGCAUCCCUCCCGCAUCCCUCCCGCAUCCUUCGUGCAUCCUUCGCGCAUCCUUCCCGCCCUGCCCUGCAGAGGCCGGCGCAGCCUGUGCUCCCACCCGCGAGCGGGAGCGAGUGUUAGAGCCCGUUGCCAGCGCGCUCCUGAUUGACUCGCGCUGACUGUCCCUCCAGGUGUGCGGGGGGGCGGGGGGGGGGACACCAGCCGCAUAAUCAACUUGCCAGGGAGCCCCCCAGCCUCCGAGGGGAGACGGCUGCGCCCUCUUCUGCACCACGGACCGUCCAGCCGGUCUCCAAUCCACCUCUCUGGGGAGAUCUUUUCAUGGUGUGUCCGGAUAGGGUCGUGCGUCCGUUUGCAGACUCUCAUCUGCGCAGCCCGGCAGACCUGCCCGCCCUUUCCUUCCCUGAGCACUUGCGCCCGCACUCGCAGCCAGGGACGGGGGCCCCACGCUCUGACUCCCAACAACCCCGAGGAACGUUGCAGUCCCGGAAGCUUCUCUGGGGUCCGUGCUGUGGCGGAGACAAGCAGCGUUCCCACCCCGUAGCCUGCCCAGGAGGAGGGAAAGGCCCCCAACUGGAGCCAAGGCGAGCACAGGUUUCUUCAGUCAAGCCCCACUGGGGGAGGGGCGCCUGGACUGUGUCUAGUACCAUGGCAACGUUGGUGAUACUUCCGCCCGGGUGUCCUGAGGCACAAUGCAUUUCACGUCUGGCUGGACCUCAGAAUCAGAGAUGGCAACGCGUGCUCGUGUUUCACACUCUCAAGGGCACGUUCCAUGGGCCGGACUGUUGCUUGCCAAAAAAGUAACAGCAGGGGCCAGAGAGAUAGUACAGUGGUUAGGGCACUUGCCUUGCAUCGGCUGACCAGGCUUCAAUCCCCAGCACCGCACGUUGUUUCCUGUACAUGGCCAGUGAGUGCAGAGCCAGGAGGAAGCCCUGAGCACCAGCCAGGUGUGACCCCCCC